AAAUAGAUUACAUUUGAUAUAUUUUGAAGUAUUAUGAUGCAUGCUAUUCGAAUAUAUAUAAUAUAAUGUGUACCAUUUGCAAGUCUGGAUAAUGACACAGCAAGAAAAUGUGAGAAAGCAAAAAAGAGAGAUAAUCAUGCCCUGCGAUCAAAGGAAUUCUAACCUUUUCUUGAGCAGGCUACAGUAUUUGCGCUCCUCUCAGUUAACGUCCUUGGAAAACCCCUAUCUGUAUUGAUUGUGUGGCCGUAUAAACUACACCGCUUGAAUGUCACGAUGAUUACGAUGGAGCGAAAUGAGGAGAUUGAUUGAAUAUAUGAUAGCUAGAAAGGGAGGAGACAGGUUGCCAAGGUGAAUGUAGACUACGUUAUUCGAGCCCUCAUUACCAAAUAGCGCUCGUAAUUGCCGCUCGUCGUUCAUGAAAGGCGAUACCAAGGAACCAGAGGAUGUUCGCGUGGAACGGAGGCGUAGCAUCACUCACUGAAUGGCUGCAUGCUGUGGGGAUGGAGAGGAAGUAAUUUGCGCUCAAGGCAACAGAACAAAUACUUUAUGAUAUCUGUGUUUACUUUAUUGAUAAAUACAUCCGAAACACCUUGGUUCACCUGUUUCUCUUGCUGUCAUAAACUGUGAGCUCCAUUUCAGGCCAUUUCAAUGGAACGGAGCGAGUACUGUCUCUGAGUUCAGUCCAUCAGGAUAACCUAUCAGGACGCAAGGAGACGCACUGGCAACAAAGCGUAACGUCAGUAGUACUCCAUAAAGGUGCUAAAAUCCAUCGUCUGGGGUUCAGCGCACCAGAGGGGGGACUCGGAACGCCUCGGAACCUCGCGGAACCCAGCGUGAGUGUGUGGAACCCCUGGGUCUGGCCCUGUGUCCUGGAGGAGGCAGCUGUGGGACAGACUGGCACGUCACGUGGCGCUGCUCUGCCUGACCCCCUAUCCAGGCCUCACCCCUCAGAGGGCCCACUCAGUCUGCCUGGUGUGGAGAGGAGCAGGCCCUCAACCUCAGUGGGAAGGAGGAGUAGUGCUCUGUGUUUUUUGUGAUAAGAGUUUCCUAAGCGGUGAUUUUUCAGGAUACCUGGACGGUGGAUGUGAUUUAGACUAUGAGUUUUGCAGUGAGUGGAGUGAGAAUGUAGAAGAUCACCUUGUUUUACCUCUGAAGAACAACAGGACAUCUGAUUUGAAGUGACCUGCAGGCUGGAAAACAACUGAUAAUACCUGGCCUUUGGACUAGAGAAGAGCCUCCGAGACAGUGCUGUUGUUGUGUGUGUGUGUGUGUGUGUAAGCACACUAGACACCCAGUCCUCAGAAUCAGGGCUGUUCUGUCACCCUGAUAUAAGAGGAUUACAACUCAACAGAAGACCACACAUUACAACCAAACUCCUCAGGAGACUGUAGCCCUAUCUUUCUCUUGAAUGUUUUCCCUUGUCUCCUCAGUGGCAGCCAGUGCUAUUUGAUUUAACGUAUCUUCCCAAGUCCAGUUGGCUCCUCAUUUUACGCACCUCGGUAGUUCCAAGUCAACUAGUUCCUCAUCACCAUGGUGAUGUCCCAGGGCACGUACACCUUCCUGGCCUGUUUCGCUGGGUUCUGGUUGGUGUGGGCUCUCAUCGUCAUGCUGUGCUGCUUCUGUAGCUUUGUCCAGCGUCGUCUGAAGAGGAGGAGGGAGGAGAGGCUGAGGGAGCAGUGUCUAAGGGCCCUGGAGAUGGAGUCACUGGAGUGCCUGGGCACUGCGGGGUUGGCUGGGUACCCUCCAUCCAGAGAGCCCCUCCAGUUCUGCCCCCCGCUGACCCUCUCCCCUUCGCUGCACAUUCCCCGAUCCCUCCCCCAGGGCAGCUGGGCCUCCCCACAAGAGACGGACGUGUUUGGGAAGCCCCCCUGCUACGAGGAGGCUGUUCUGAUGGAGGACCCCCCUCCUCCCUACUGUGAAGUGCUGGCUGACAGCCGGGGGGGCACCUACACCAAGCUCACCCCCCAGGCCUCCAGGCUGCAGCAGCAGGAGCCUGAGACCUCCAAGACUCCCCCUGUCACAGUGUUCUCUGAGCGUGGCUACUCCUCCUUGAUCCGCCUGCCCACCGCCCGACGCUGGGACUCCCUGGGUCACCUGCUCUCCACAAUGGACCUCAACCACAACAACCUCCCCACGGAGCCCCUCUCUCUGCAGGCCCAGGCCACCGUCACCAUGCCCCGCGAGGGCCGGACUCACACACACCCAGAGCUAGGGCUGAGAAGUAUCCAUGGGCUCCAGGGGCUCAGGGGGCUAGAGCAGAGUUGUGGCUUGCCCACAGCCUUCCCUCUGCUGGGUCGCAGCACAGCCGUGUAGGCCUGACUAACCCUCCUGGAGGUGGGGGUCAGACUGGAGCUAAGGACACUUGGUUGAGGUGGAGAGGCGUUGGGUUGGGUUUGAGGAGUUGCAUCUGGGUUGUAGAGUUGGACUAAUGAUGAAGGGGAUAGAGGAGGAGAAAUGUCCUUCAGACUCCCAGCAGCCAGAGGUGUUGACAGAGUGAGAUGGGACACCCUUUCUAAAGAUGGUCUCUCUUCCCAGACUUCCUCUCAUCCUCCCUCCAUUAUCUGUCUCUCUCUCUCCCUCCAUUUCUUUCUAUUCUCUAUAUCUCUGUAGUUGUGUUGAUCUCUCUAUUCUCUGCAGCGUCGCAGCCUGAUGCAGAUUAGCUAUUAUAUGAGUCUGCUGUUGCCAUAGCUCCCUGGAACUGUCUGUUGCCCAUGACACCUUGGGCCCCUAGCGACCUCUCCUCCUCGCCGAGUUUCUAAAGACAUUUUCAUAGCCUUUCUUUGUAUGACUGCAGGUUGAAAGAGGGGGAACUCUUUAAUGACCUGCAGUAGCUCUGUGUUGCUGUUUCUCUUGAUGUAUAGUAUGUACAGUGAAGGACCAAGAAAGACAUGUUGGGGCAUUCAGCCCAAGUAACUAUCGCCCAGCUCGGAGCAUUGCAAUGUGCAAUGGAAACCCUGUUUUGUAUUGAAAAAGCUCUUCUUCAGCAUUACUGUCAUAUCUUCAAGAUGUUCUGAAGUGGACUAUGAAUAUCAAUUUGAUAACCCCCAGCUGGGGAUUGUUGCUCCUCAGUGUACAGCAACUGCGUGUGUGCGUAUGUGUGUGCCUGCGUGUGUCUGUCUGUGUGUGUGUGUGUAUGUGGUUGCUAUCUGUCCACGAGGGAAGUGUUUUAUCAAGAUUGUGAUUGUGAAUCCAUUUCUUUCUUUCUCUCCCUCCGUCAUUAUCCCUCUGUCUUACUCUCAAGCUACUCAUCAGGCUAGAUGUCGCUGGGAGACGCUCUCCUUCGCAUUGCCAUGGUGGUGCUACAGUACAUAUAGCAGACACCAUCACAGAAAAUGGCAUCUGUCAUGGUAGAAAAACAAAGCUAUCACCAUGCACCAAGCAAUUGCAGAGAUGGGAUUUCUGUUCCUUUUCCUGAUUAAAAAAAAAAGUUUAUUCAGCUAUGAAAUGCUUUUGCAGGGGGAAUGGAAUCUAUCCAAUCCUGACCUCCCUUACUACCCUGUUAAGCCUAUUAGGAACAGUGUUACCACCAAGGUCCACCGCUUUGUUAUUAGCUGUUAUGUAACCCAAUUCAAUCACAUGACAUAAUCCACUGAAAUUAAUGGAGUAUUUGAUGGCCUGGGCUUACUUGGCAGUACCCUUGAGAUGCUCGGACAAAUUAGGAAGCUUGUCAGUGCAAAGCUGAAGUGCUGUCCCCAAGGAGCUUAUAUAAAUGUAGAGAUAGGGAACAUACAGUACCCAACGCCAGGAGAGAGAGAGAUGAGAGGGAGAGAAUGAGAGAACUACUUGAGGCCAUGAGAUAAUGUUAUUAUUGAGAGGUAAAAAGUAUUUCAGUUUGAAUCUAUACAGACAAUGUCACAGUUUGUCCUGGGUUCUAUUGAUAUAUUACGGUAGUUUGUUGUUCUGUGUAACAUAGCAUUGAUGCUGUAACGGCUCUCGUCGAAAGGAGUGGACCAAAGCACAGCGUGCAAAGUGUUCAUGAUUAUUUUAUUUCAAAAAACACACAAACAAAAUAACAAACGUGAAUACGAAAGCGCACAGUU